AUGGCAGGGCUGACGAAGGAGAUUCAUGAGGCGACUAUGCAGACCCUGACGAAGUUCAACGCCCUGGAGCCGAAGGAUGCUCAGGUCUCGCUGGAGCAGCUGAAGGAGCUGAAAGUUUGUGCAAGUCAGGCCUGCGACCUGCUCGACAACAUGAUCUUGCACGCGCUGCCGUCCAGAGAGACGAUUCAGAAAGAGCUUGAAAGUCUGAGCGACUUCAAAGAUGUCACGGCCUUGUUUGAAACGCAUCUGAUACCGAUGCUGUCGGAGAAGGUAGAGAAGGCUCUGGAGGCUGAGGUUCCUUUCCGCGUCCUCUCCAUGUUGGCUCCGAUCCUUCAGUUCUUCAACAGUCAUCAGAGCAAGAUGGAGGGCUCGGAAGAGGUGGCGAGGAAAUUCAUUCAGCAUUGGGCGGAGCUGCUAGGCGAGGGUUUGAGCAUGAUGGGCGUCACCGACGACUUCGAGAUCGAUGCGACGGUCUUCCAUGAGCUGCUGUCUGCUGUCCAGAACGUCGGGAUCUUUGAGGACGACUCUCUCAACGAGGCAGCUGAGCAGCUGGAAGGGUUCCUCAGGCAGUAUGAGGAGGACGGACAAGAGUUUGAGGAGUAUGGCGGCGAGAUCUCGGAUGAGGAGGAGGACGGAGGCGUUGUACGUGGGAGCAGCGAGGACGGAGACGCUGAAAUCGAGGAGCAGGAGGAACCGAAGGGGAAGAGGGGGAAUGGCCCAGAGGCCAAGAGGAGAAAGAAGACGUGAUGGGACAAGCGUUGUUCUCUAGUUUUCAAAACCUGGCGCAUGUUGCUCCCAGCCCGGAGAUCUUUGAAGUUGCCCAGUCGCACUCUUGCACAUUAAUCGAUCAGACAGGAAAUGAAAUGAAGUUUUAAG